ACGAGAUCCGACCCGAAUCCAAGACCAUGAUCAACAUCACACUCUUCUCUCUCAAAGCUCCAUCUCCAAAACCCUAACAACCCCUCAGACCCUCCGCCAUGGCCACGCUUCACCACCUCGUCCGCCGCCGGCUGUCCACCUCUGCCGCUGCCAUUCUCAACCCUUCCGAUCCCUCUGCCAUCCUAACCUCAUACCAGAAAUCGCGGGCAGCGCUCUCCCUUCUUCGCUCCUCUCCGGCGCUCUCCUCUGACCACAUUCUCUCCAUUUGCCGUGCCGCCGCCCUUUCUCCGACCACCCACCUCGAUCGCCUGGCUCUCUCUGUCGCCGUCUCAUCCCUCUCCAAGAAACCAGAAUUCGCGCCCACCCUUCGCUCCCUUAUCGAUGGCCUCCCCAAAUCCCCUCGCUCUCUAGCCCAUGCUAUCGUCCUCUACGGCCAAGGAAAACUCCUCGACGAUGCCCUUCAUGUGUUCACCUCCAUCCCAUCCCCCACUGUCCGCCACCUCAACUCCCUCCUCUUCGCCUGCAUCCUCGCCGGCAACCACCCGGAAGCCGCCCGCAUCUUCCGGGACUUCCCCGUUCAGUACAACAUCACGCCCAAUCUUGAAACCUAUAACACCAUUAUCAAGUCGUUCUGUGAAUCAGGCUACUCUCGCUCUGUCUUCUCACUGCUCGACGAAAUGCUCCGGAAGAAGAUCAAGCCCAAUCUCACCACUUUCACCCACUGGCUCUCCGGCCUGUACAAAGACCAGCGCUUUGAUGAUGUUCCUAAGGUACUGCAGCUGAUGAAGAAGAAUGAUUCCCAUCCAGGAGUGCUGAGCAUAUACAAUGUCAGGAUUCAUGGGCUUUGUAAGCUGGGGAAGGCGGCCGAGGCAAAGGAAUUGUUUAAGCAGAUGAUUCGAAAUGGGAUGAAGCCAAAUUGGGUGACUUUUGGACACAUGAUAUAUGGUUUUGCAAAGGAGGGGGAUUUGGAGGAAUCCAAGAAGCUCUACAAAGAAAUGAUAAGCCGGGGGUGCACCCCUGAUAGCAGCUGUUAUUUCACAUUGAUGCAUUAUCUUUGUUUGGGCGGGGAUUUUGAUGCGGCAUUGGAUGUGUGUAAGGAGAGUAUGAAGAGGGAUUGGAUUCCAUGCUUCAAGAUGAUGAAGAUGCUUGUGGAUGGGCUUGUGAGCAAAUCUAAGGUGGAGGAGGCAAGGGAGAUUAUUGAGAAAUUGAAGGAAAAGUUCUCCAGCAAAGCUGACAUGUGGAAGGAGGUGGAAGAAGGUUUGUCACAGUAGUUUGUAGAGAACAACUUGUGCUACUGGAUGUUUUUGCUGGAAGCAUUGGAGCUGCUGAAAUGCAGGGUUUAUUUGCUUCCUAGACUGCAAGAUUUUUACUCUAUCAAUGAGUAUAGCACGGAAUGGCAUUUGGGAUUGCUGCAUAUCUUGCUUUCUUUUCAUUAAGGCAUUGUUGCAAAAACAAGGAGUGGUGUUUCUUGGCUCAUCUGAUGAUUAUCUUCUACAUGAAUGUGGAAUACCAUGCCAAUGUUUUCUUGCACUCAUGUCCCAAAAAAAAACAAUGCUGUGUUCGAGGGCUGAAUUCGAUGUCAUCUAUGAACUAGUGUCCUCUAAUUAGAGGGCGCUAGAUCUAGAAUGCUAAAUGGUGUUUUAUGGAAAGGAGUUUUGUGGAGUAUUUUUCUCUGGUUGUUGUUUGAUAGCUACUGAAUCUUAUUGUUAACUGGUUUUAAGAUAAAAUUACUUUUGUGUU